CGGUAGCAGCUCCGCUUCGCACUUCCAGCCGCCAGAGAGCCGAGCUGAGCAGAGCAGGGCCGGGGGUGGGAGGACAGACGCCUGGGCUCCGUACGCUGUGAUGUGCAGCAGAUGGGAUUAACCCGCUCAGACGGCUCUGGGAAACGCUGAUAGUAGUAGCGGUAGUAGUGGAGGAGAGCAGGGAGGUGGCGGAGGAGGGGGGGAGCCCCGCGUAAAAGCUGCGCCGCACGUGGAAAACUUGCGCUGUUCCGUCCCUUGGAGAGAAAACAAGCUCCCCCUUCCAAAAAAACAGACGCCAACAAACAGACCCGGGUCCAGACUCGCAGCAGCCGUCCGGAUCGACCUCUAGCACUCCUCGCGCACAUGCCUGCUGUGUUGAUGUGGAGGAGAGGGGGUCAGCGGACCGGGGAGCAUGUUUGAAUCAUCUCGCUGAAAGUUGCAGGGGAAAGCCAAUUCCAGCUGACCAUCUCGCUUGCUUUUCUUUUUUUUGUUGUUGUUGUUGUUUAGUUUUUUUCUUUUUUUUGUUGUUGUUUUGCUUUGGUGGAAACCUAAACUCGAUGGAGGGCCAAGCGGGCGAGCUGCACGGCAACGAGGACGUGCGCAAGAGCGGCUACCUCCGCAAGCAGAAGUCCAUGCACCGGCGCUACUUCGUGCUGCGCGCCGCCUCGGAGCGCGGUCCGGCCCGCCUGGAGUACUACGAGAGCGAGAAGAAGUUCCGCGGCAAGGCCCCCGUCCCGAAGAAGGCGGUGGCGCUGGAGACGUGCUUCAACAUCAACAAGCGGGCCGACUCCAAGAACAAGCACAUGAUCGUGCUGUACACCCGGGCGGAGAGCUUCGUCGUGGCCGCGGAGAACGAGGAGGACCAGGACGAGUGGUUCCAGGCCAUGGUGGAGCUGCAGUGCAAAAGUAAAAAUCCUAAUGACAGUGCGAGUUCAGGGGACUACGGAGCGCCAAAUCCAGGACCUGCAUUCAAAGAAGUUUGGCAAGUGAAGGUGUGGCCUAAAGGCCUGGGUCAGCUCAAGAACCUGGUGGGCAUCUAUCGCCUUUGCCUUACUGAAAAGACGGUAAACUUUGUGAAGCUGAACUCCGACGCAGCCGCUGUGGUGCUCCAGCUGAUGAACGUCAGGCGUUGCGGACAUUCAGAAAACUUUUUCUUUGUCGAGGUGGGACGCUCUGCUGUGACGGGCCCCGGCGAGUUUUGGAUGCAGGUCGAUGAUUCUGUGGUGGCCCAGAACAUGCAUGAAACCUUGCUGGAGGCCAUGAAAGCCCUGAGUGAGGAGUUUCGCCAGCGCACAAAGUCUCAGUCAAACUCUGGUCCUGGAGGAGGUGCCACAGCUUCCAAUCCUAUCAGUGUUCCUUCUCGCCGCCACCAUCCCAAUCCCCCUCCAAGCCAGGUGGGCUUCCUCCGCCGUCCCCGAACUGAGCCUACCUUAGGUGCUAAUGUGGGAGCUCCAUUAGGCAGUUCCAGUGCCUCUCCCACACCUCGGCACAGCUUCCCGAGGUCCCGCACCGCCAGUGAUGGAGGGAAAAGUGAAGAUGGGAUAGCAGGAUCCACUCCGCUACACGGUGUAAACACAAGUCCUUCUACCAAUGGCUCCUGCUCUACCACCCCAAUCCUCAGGUCAAAGUCAGCCCGCUCAGUCCCAACCACAGCUGCUAAAACUCCUUUUGGGUUGAUGCGUUCCAUUUCAACUCCAACCCCAUCCCCAUCACCAGCCCCAAGUCUCUCGUCCAGCUCUGGGCCUGGAUCUGAGUUUGGAGGUAUCACAUCUGCUGGUCCUGUUCCAGGGUCUGGUGCUUAUACUCGUGUAGCCUCUCAUCAUACCUCAGUCUCGUGCUCACCCAGUGAUUACGGCUCCUCAGAUGAGUAUGGUUCCAGUCCUGGAGAUCACACGGUUCUACCCUCUCCAAGCCUGCCAGGAAGCUCUAUCAGCAGCACUGGCAGCCAGUGCCUUGGUGAGGAUGGAGCAAAUUACAUCCUAAUGGGUCAACGAGGUGGGACCAGCAGUAGUGUCAGCAACAGUAAUCAAGUCAACAUGAUGUCCAGCUCCCAGCCUGUGCCAGGAACACCAACUAAUGGCUCACUGCCCCAGACUAGGAGAGUACUUCGUCGAUCUUCUAGCCGUGAAUGUGAGGCUGAACGCAGGCUUCUGAGCAAGCGUGCAUCCUUGCCUCCUAUGGCCCUGGAAAGACUGGCCCCACACCAGCGCAGAGCUGAGGAACCUACAGAUGAAGAUUCAGCUGAUUAUGCCAUUAUGUCAAGGAGCACCAGUCGGGAGUCCUUUGCAUCUACCUGCUCAUCUGUUCAAAGGGAAUCAACCUUAGGCUCUUGUGUAGGGGGAGGAGGGUACUUGGAUGUAGCAGGAGAGUUAAAAACUGAUGGUGGUCCAGGAGCAAUUGCAGGUGUGGACAAUGGGUACAUGUCCAUGCUACCAGGAGUCACCCAGCCUCCCGUUUCCUCAUGUCAGACAAUGACUGUGUGUGUUCCAGAAUCAGAUUCCAAACCUGCUGAUGACUACAUGGCCAUGACCCCCAACAAUAGCGUGUCUCCCCCGCAGCAGAUUCGUCCCCUGCCGGUGUCUGACGGCUAUAUGAUAAUGUCUCCCAACAGCAGUUGCUCCCCUGACCAGCGUGGAAGCCUCUCUGAAGGUGCUUGGGUUGGCAGUGCCGAUAGCAGAGCUGGUAGCGACUACAUGAACAUGUCUCCUAUUAGUGCACCUUCUGUGAAUGGCAGUCCCCCUCAAAAUGAGCACACCUGCCAUUUAGAUACCAGUUUGCAACAGCCGCCUCCAAAGAUGGUGUAUUCCUAUUAUUCCCUUCCCAGAUCAUACAAACAUAAUCCCACUUCUGGGCUUUUUGAUGAUGGGCCCGGACGAGGUAGACGCCCCAAUGGGAACUGUAGCAGAGGAGGAGGUGGCAGCAGAAACUCAGGGGGGCAUCUAGAGCAACCAAUUAGCAGUUCAGGGAUUGGACGGCACCAAUCACUCUCUUCAUCCUCAUACUCCUCCAGCUCAGCUAGCAGUGAGAGUCUUGGAGAGAACGAUGACAGGACUAACCAGGCUCUGGGUAAUGUGACAACUGGAUCACAGCCCAAAGAGGUGAGCAAGAUUACUCAGAGACGGGGCUCUGGUGGGUUAACAAAGCAAGGUAGCCACUUUAGAAGCAGACCAGUAAGCCUAUUUGUAGAUGUAUCUAAGGCCAACACUCUUCCUAGGGUUCGUGAGAAUCCCUUGCCCCCAGAACCUAAGAGCCCUGGAGAGUAUGUAAGCAUUGAAUUUAAAGGGGAGCAGUGCAGCCAGACUGGUGUAGGAGUUGGGCGAGGUAGAGGACUGAGACAUGGAUCAUUGCUGAAUCAUGGCUCAAGUCACCAGCAUUCUCAAAACAGACCAGCUCCAUCUCUAGAAACCUUUAUUCCCCUGUUUCAUAGUCCUUCUGCCCCUGUCUCUCCACCAACUCCAUCAGAGUACGUCAACAUGGACCCUGGCCCUUCACCAUCCCCUUCCCCCCAUUCCAAUACCCAGUUAGUUUUUCCACCUUUCCACACCCCUCCCACACCCCCAGUUCUUGCUCAUGCCCCUAAAACCUGUACGGAAGGUACUGAUAGUCUGUGUCAAGGAACUGUUGAAGUUGCUGAGCCACCUCUUCGGAAAAGCAGAGACAGUGUUCCCUCAGUGAUUGAGACAGAGUCUCCUACAUCCUGUGGAGACUACACAGAGAUGGCUUUCAGCUUGAGCAACAAUACUGCCCCUCGGUCAUCACCAAGUGUCUCCCCCAAAGUCCCCUCUCCUACAAGAACUGAUCCUUCUGUUUCAGUGCUCUCCCGGGGUCUAGACUUCCCUCUAAGCAAAUCAGGACUGAACCCAGACCAGGGUGCUAAAGUAAUCCGUGCUGAUCCCCAAGGACGCAGGCGGCACUGCUCGGAAACCUUUGUGGCCACACCCUCCCUGUCCACCUCUGCUUCUACUUCUUCUUCUACUGCCUCCCUCUUUCCAGAGCACAGCCAGGCUGUUUCCCGCCGCCUCGGCUUUGAGAGCAUGUUGUGGGGUAACGGUGCCGUCACUGAUCCUCCAACUCAAUUUCCACUCCCUGCACAGCAGUCACUUCCCACAAACAAUCAGACAUUAUCCACAGAGCAGGGUCUUAACUACAUAGACUUGGACUUGGUCAACAAAGAGAGUCCCCACGCUGGCCUGGAAGGUGCUACAGGAGGCCAGCCCCAAUCUCGGCUGUUCUCUGUUCUUGGUUCGGGCUCCAUGGUUGGGGGAAUGGGGGCAUCAGCUGGAGGGAGCAGCAGUUCAAGCCUCAACACGUACGCCAGCAUUGACUUCUACAAAUCCGAGGAGCUACGGACACAUCAGAACGGGAACAAAGAAGGAACAGAGUGCUGAUGUCAGCGAUUCAUCCUCGGAGAGACAAUCUGGUAUCACUCAAAGCGCUUCGAUGCUCCACCUUUUCCUCCUGUGACAGCCAAUCAGACGGACAGAGCUGCUGGAUUGGACGCAACCCUGAAGCACUUUGACAUAAACUGAUGGAAAAUGUCUUUUUUUGUUUUUUUUUUCCUCUUCGCUUUCAUCCGGUUGGUUGAGCAAACCUACAGGGAUGUGUGCCAAAUGAUAUUCUUAAAGAGUAAUUCGCUGCUCUCAUUUCAUGAAGUGAAAGCCAGAGGACGGUACCGAAUGGAGAAUAAAGUGGGUUUUUUGUGUGUUUUUCUUUUUUUUUUUUUUUAAACCUCUAAUGACAAAAAUGUACAAAUUUGGCUGAGUGGUAUGUUUUAAAAAAAAAAAGAAGAAAAUAUAUAAAUCAUAGCUGCUCAAAAAGUGCCUCAUUUUCGUAUUGUAGCCAUUCUAAAAGCUAAAGCUUUGGGUUUUGUUGUUCCAUUCUUGACUUGAUGUAAUUACAACUGAUGGUGCUGAUAGACAUCAGAAGCAUUUUUUUUUUUUUUUUUUAAAGCACCGAUGCGUUCAUGUCAUAUAGGAUCGAGGCAAGAGAUUGGAAAGUUUGAGCUCUAACGACUGAUUUUUAUACACAAAAUAUUUAAAGUUUCUCUAAUCAGAAACAGUCAUGUUUUUAGAAAAUAUGCCAUCUAAAAUUCCAGACAGAUGCUUUGGUUUUAGUACAGUAGGACCUUUGUUGUGCCCUUUUCUCUAAAAAAAAAAAAAAAAAAAGAUAUAUAUGCAUGUUAAACUUUUUAAGUUGAUAAUGAGCCACAGCUUGAGUUGAAAAAACUAAUUAAUAUGAUCUGCACAUUUCCUAAUUUUAUUGAAAUUAAAUUUCCAAAGUGACUAAAUGUUAUUUACCUUUAAGUGCAUAUCACCAGUGAUAUCUCAUUAGUAAUACUUAAAAAGACUCAGGGCUGUAUUUUCAUUUAAUAUAUAUGUAUUAUUUUUUUUACUGAGGUGCUAGCUAUUUUAAUUAACAAAGUUUUUGGGUACUUCUGCCACUGCCAGUGUUGACGUUUAUCGGAAGAAAGGAUGUAGAGAAAGUAAAUAAGACAUUCAUCAAAUGAACCCCUUUAAUGCAGAAAAUCAUUGGUUUCCAACCGUUUAUGUAACUCAUGUGAAAAUAAGCAUUUGUAAUUCCAAAGAGUCACUUGUUUAUGAGUGGUUAAAAAAGAACUAUCUGUAAUGCACAGAUUUUUGUAAAAAGUGUAUUUUCGUAAUUGUAUGCCAUAAACUUUUUAAUUGGGCAUUUUUAAGUAAAAUUUUAGCAUAUAUGCUAGGACGGAAAUCAGCGCUAUCGCUUAAGAGAAUGUAAGACAAUUCAACAGUCUAUUCAUUUAUUUAAAUUAGAUUAAUCACGUUUAACAAACUCGGGUCUUUAUUUUGUUAGAUUUUCCUUUUUUUUUUUUACUGAGAUAUUAUUGGUUUUAAUAAAGAAAAAUAAUUCUGCAAUGUGGCGCUAAUGCAGUCAAAAGAAGAUUUGUAUUUUCUAUUUAUUUUUUAAGUGGUCAGUCAAUACCAAUGUUUGGCACUCUUGGCUUGCCAUACUUUAUUACAGAUUGGACAAGCACCGAAGUUCACCAAGGUGACACAAAUAACUCAUAUUUAGCCAUUCAUAGUUUGAUCUGAAGUUAUAAUGCCUGAAAAUGAGGAGUGACCAGACCUUGUUAGGGUGAGUUAAGACGUGCAUUUUUAACACAUGCCGAUGUGCAUUGCCCAUUUGUCUGUGGGCAUCUAAAGCUAAACUUUUCUAAGUUUCUUUAUAGUUUUAUAGGAACUUUGUCAGAAUUUAGAAACAAACUUUGUUUAGCUGUGUCUGCAUGAAAAGUUCUCAACAAAAUAAAAAACUUGCUACAACAAUAACUCCAAUAUGACAUGAAUGCAAAUAUAUGUAAACGGUACUCGCAACGUGCUAGCCUUCUUUCCUACUGUGAGAAAUAUUAGCAAAGCUGCCAUUAGCUCUCUGCUAAUCCAUGUGUUGCAUUUUGAUGCUUAUACUUUUCCUCCUGACUUCUUUUUUCUUUUAACUGUUUACUUUCAUAUUUGCUGUUCGGUGAGCCAUAAAUGAAAAGUGUUCAAAUCCACAGGCUUGAAAGAAAAUGGCACUUGUAGCAGGGAAUAGUGUAGCUUGCUCGCUAGCUUAAAGCCAGCUGGCUCAGUUUAGCAUAUUAGCCUGGACAUAAAUUCACUGUCCUGCUGACCACAACCGGGGUUAGACCCCCUGAUAUAGAGCGACACAAUCCCAUUAGUGCUAUUAGCUUUAGACAGUCGCUUAAUCCCGUUCGUCUCAGGAUGCUAAAUAACAAACAGUACACAGAGCCGAGGACACUGUCCCUAUCAAUAGCCAUGAUUAUGCUAGCUUUGUAUGGUCAGCAAAUAUUGAUUUUAGCAUCUGUAAAUGGGCUAGGACUCGUUUUGCUUUUGCAUAAAUCUGACAGCCAAGUUGUUCUCAGUUGUUAAUGUACAGCACCAAUCUGUUUUAGGAUGUUUCAUUUGUCUUUUUAAACUGAUCAGAGUGAAAGUGCUUUAGCCUCUAAAUCCUGCUUAACGACUCCUUCUUUUUCUCCCUUUCCCUUCCUUUCCUCUUCGCUUGCCUCUUUACUUUAAUCUUCGCUAUGCAUAAGCGCUGAAGUGCCUGUCCUAUUUCCUAAUCUGUCCUUCUCUUUCUCUCUGCCCCAUUUUAGCACAUAGCACUAAUACAUUUGUCAUAGCAGAGUAUAACAUGUCUAUUUUUGUGUCUAUUUCUCGGCUGUACAGUUGUGGCAGAAAAGUCACUUGCUUCAGUUUGUUCUGUGUAAAAUUCAUCUGUCGGCGGUCGUGGUCUUGAUCCCAGGAUCCGAGGACUUGAUCAUCACGUUGUCAGCAGUGCCAAAACACAGCAGCAGCAAAACUGUGCUGCUCCUGUCUCCGACACCACCUCAAGAAGCAACCUUCAGUACUCAAUUUGGGACACUUUGCUUUGUUUUAUGAUUGAAAUGUACAUUUUGAUUGUUUUGCAUUCUGUCGCUGUUUGACGGGAGGCUACUCUCGCAUAUCUCUGCCCACAGUCGGCUGAUGAGGCUCUCUCUGAGAUAAAGGUCACUGUGGGAGACUUGUGUAUGCGUUAACCUUGAAUUUGCCUAUGACUUUGACUGGAGGCUUGUAAAAAAAAAAAAUGCAUGGAGAGAAAGAAAAGGCCACCAUGGAGAUAUACAACUUAAGUCAGAACACAUAUGUCUGUUUAGUAUAAGGAAAUAUACACCACCUUUCUUAAUAAUUCAUACCAAUUGAAGUUUUUCAUAUUUUUUUGCUGUUACAACCUCAAACUUGAGUAUGUUUUACUGGGGGGUUUAUGCAGCACAUCAUCACAAAAUAUUUCAUAACUGUGAACUGAAAGACAAAAUAGUUUUCAGGAUUUCUUAAAGAUGAAAUUGAGAAAAGUGCAGCAUGGUUUUUUUCUCAGCAUGGUAGGGGAACACUUUGAAGCUUUGAUGUGAACAUCAGUGAUUUAUUGGAGUUUGGUCUGGACCACUUUGAUACGUAGAUACUCUUUGAUUUGAUUUAAACCGAUUUAAACAAUUGUUGCUCUGGCAACAGUAUUUAUGGUUUUCCUGCUUGAAGGGGGACCUCCGUCUCAAAGUUUUUCUACAUCUAGUAGAUUUCUCUGCAUUUUGCUCCAUCGCCUUUAAAUCAACACAGAUCAGAUUCACUGACCCUGCUGAAGAAAAGCAUUCCCACAGUAUGAUGCUGCCACCGCCAUGUUCCACAGUGGUUUGCUCAGGAAUUGCAGUGUUAGUUUUCCACCACACAUUGACAUUAAAUUGCACACGCUACAUUUCCUUACUAAUUAAGUACUUGUAAAGGCAAAUGGCUGCACUGGAUUUAAUUUAGGGACAUUGAAUGAUGAAGGGGUGUAUGUGUGUGUAAAUGCACAUAACAUUUUUAUUACAUUUGUUAUUUGGGCGCUACUUUAUGGCGGUCCAUCACUCUGAAUCCCAAAUAAAACACAUUAGAGUUUGUGGUUGUAACAUGAAAUGUAUAAAAAAAAAAAAAACUGAAGGGGUUUGAAUACUUUUUUCAAGUCACCGUAUUUCAUGUGUUUGCCUGCGUAUAAGUCCACAAACUUUCUCAGACCAGUCACACGACGUUUCAGUCUCUACAGCGUAACAAUGCGGCUUUAUUUAUGAGCUGAUUGGGAUCUGUGGGUGGAAUUGCGCCGAAUAAUUCAGGAAAGGAAAAACCGUUUGAUCCUGAUGGCAGACAUCAUUCCAGCAAAACCUACGGGCAAACAAAUGAGUCGAAACUGUAAUGUACUUUGGAGAUGUUCUCACAUGGUAACGCCGUUGUUUUCAGCCAAAUACUUCAGUGUACUUUUAGCCUAGAGAAAAAGUAAACAGACUUUCUCUCCAACCUGGCGAUUAGGCUUAAUAACGCUGCCCUUCAGAGAGCCGUUCAAGGCCUGAGCUGUUCAAACUUGGUCAAACUCCCUGCAUUUCCUUGCAGCUGCCCGUAGCAAAGCGUUCAACGGCCGCAAGGUUCGUGGUGGAGCUCUGGCAGAGCAAGGAGUGUAGGUGGGCAGUUUAAGUGGCUGUAUGAUCUCACUCAUUGCAUUGUUAGCAUUUUUUUUUGUUUUGUUUUUUUGAUAUUCUGAUGUGCAGAAGAAAAUGGUGCUGCUGCUUGGACUGAAUUGUUUUAUCUGCUCCUGCUGCGCCCCCUGAGGGAUGGUACUGAAUGGAAAUAUUGUAAAAUUUAGUGUUGAUGUAGAGCGUUCUACUUCUGUUGCUUGAGAAAAAAAAAAAACUGACCUAAGAGAAAAAAAAAACUCAUUCAACAAAAGUUGUUGUGGUUGUUUAUUUUCCUCUUUAAAUUGUGUAGCUUGCAUUUGCUUAUUGUGCAGAAUAUUACACCUGUACAGUUCUAGGAAUGCAAGUCAUCGAUUGAGUUAAUCUGAAGUUGAUUAAGCUUAUCGAUCGACCAGUGAUUAAUUGAUAGGCGGCCAUUUUCUUAAAAACCUGAGUUUUCUCUUGAAUCUACAGGGCUGACCGUUUUGUUUUCAUAAUGUUUAAUUUAAAUUAAAAAAGAUUAAAUAUUAAAUUUUUAUUACAUGUAUUAAAUACAGACUAGAUAAACAAAAUAUUGUGAUUUUGUUACGUUAUUAAACUUAGACAUAUUAAUAAAACCUAACAAGUCAGGAACUAAUUAAGUUGCUGAAUAGAAAAAUAAAGGGAAUAAAGUAUAAUUUAGUUUUGGUUAAACACUUAAUUCCCCAUGAAGAGAGAAAUGUUCAUACUGGACUCUAUGUGGAAAUGUUAAAACAUCACUUCAUGAAGGGAUUUAACUCACAACAGUCAUCAAAAUCAACCGUGCUCAUUGGCAGCAUGGUUUUUCCAUCAUGUUACAAUUUUUCUCUUGUAUUCCUUCUGUAUUUCUAACAUUAUCCUCACUUUCUUAGCAAAUCAGUAAUUUUUGAGUGAUAAGUUGCUGCUGCGCUGCCAUGCAACUUAUAGAGCUUAUCAAUAUUUCAAAACAGAACCGCAUAAAGUGCAUUUUGCAUCACA